GUGACGAGUUAUCGCGGAAGCAGGAGCAAAGGCGACUUAGUUGUCAAUGUGCCUUUCUGCUGAUUACAAAAUUCACCUAUAUAUUAUUAUGUCCGCUAGAAAUCCGGGAAUGCACAUUGAUCUGGAAUGGGUGUCAAAAGUGAAAGUCAACACUCAGGCUGUUCUUAAAAGAGCCCAGCAGAUCCAGGGACACAAGGUGGCCAAAAAACAGUGGCAGGCUGCUUGGCUGCUGAAAGCGGUCACAUGCAUUGAUUUGACCACCCUUGCUGGUGAUGACACCCCCUCUAAUGUCCAUCGACUCUGCAUGAAGGCCACACAGCCAAUUCGUCAUGAUCUUCUGAAGAGUAUGGACAUGCAUGACAAAGGCAUCACAACUGCAGCUGUCUGUGUGUACCCAUCACGAGUGGCUGAUGCAGUGAAAUUUCUGAAGGCAGCCAAGUCUAGUCUUCCUGUUGCAUCUGUGGCCACUGGUUUCCCUGCUGGACAGACGCCAUUAAAGACCCGUCUCGAGGAAGUUCGUAUGGCUGUGGAGGAUGGUGCUACGGAAAUCGAUAUCGUCAUAAACCGGACUUUGGCACUUACUGGGCAAUGGGCAGCCCUCUAUGAUGAGAUCCGGCAGUUCAGAGAAGCUUGUGGAGAAGCUCAUAUGAAGACUAUCCUGGCAGUGGGAGAGCUGGGAACCUUCACAAAUGUCUAUAAGGCCAGCCUGGUGUCCAUGAUGGCAGGAUCUGACUUCAUCAAAACUUCAACUGGCAAGGAGUCUGUCAACGCCACUUAUCCUGUUGCCAUAGUAAUGGUGCGGGCCAUUCGUGACUACUACGUAAGGACAGGCCACAAGGUGGGUUUCAAGCCCGCGGGAGGCAUCCGAACGGCGCAGGAGUCAGUAGUGUGGCUGAGCCUGAUGAAGGAGGAGCUCGGGGAUGAGUGGCUGAAUCCCCACCUUUUCCGACUGGGUGCGAGUAGCCUGCUCGCUGACAUCGAGCGGCAGAUUUAUCACUAUGUAACUGGACGCUAUCCAGCCUAUCAUGAACUUCCUCUGGCCUAAAUCUGUGAACUCCUGAAUCCUCAUGGCCAAUGAACUGUUAAAGGGAAUAGUUUAACCAAAAGUGAAAAUUAUUUUAUUUACACUCUCUCAUAUUGUUUCAGACCUGUAUUCUAUUAUUUUAAAAAAUUGUAUUAUGUUUACGUUUGCAUGCAGAAUUAAAAAAUGGCGCAUUGUGUUCGCUUACUAUGCACAUGAAAAGCAGUGCAAUUUUGAUGGCAGUUUCGUCAAUGAGCCAUUUUUUUUAAUCUGAACAUGGACGCAAGCUGUGGUGGAGGUAAAGGUAAUCAGUGAUUAAUGACUUAAUCAUGGACUAUUUUAAUGGUGCUUUUAUGGUUUUAUGUGUAUGGGCAGGUUUAAGUGGUUUACGAGGACUUUUUUUUUUAGGUUACAAAAGGUAUUAUGCUAUAAAUGUGGUUUAUGAGGACAUUUCUAGUGUCCGCAUAAUUUAAAUCACUUAAAAACAUACUAAACGAUGUUUUAUUGAAAAUGUAAAAAUGCAGAAAGUUUUUUGUGAGGGUUAGGUUUAGGGGAUAGAAUCUAUAGUUUGUACAGUAUAAAAAUCAUUAUGUCUAUGGAGAGUCCUCAUAAUGAUAGCUGCACCAACAUUUUUUAUUUUAUUAUUAUUAUUAUUAUUAUUAUUAUUAUUAUUAUAGCUUAAAGGAAUAUUUGGGGUCCAAUACAAAUUAAGCCUUACUGUAACCCAGUUUUUUUUUUUUUUUUUUUUUUUUUUUUUUAAAGAAAAGGAGGGGCAAGUCAAAAUUUGUGUGGUAAUCAAUAUAAUGCCACAAAUGCUGUCGAUUGAGCUUAACUUGUAUUGAACCCAGAAUAUUCCUUUUAACAGGUGUGUUCAAUGAGCUUUUUUCCCCCAUAAAAAUUCUAGUUUUGGGUUACACUGAAAAUAAUAACAUAUGGUUUUGGAGCAAUAUGAGGAGGAGUAAGUAAUGACAUAAUUUUCAUUUUUGGAUGAGCUAUUUAAUUAAAAUCAGCCAAUCACACAAUGAAAAGAUGGAAUGUUUUUUUAGGAUAUUAAUUUGAAAGAAAUGAAAUGGUUAUAUACUGAAAUUAAGGUAAUGACUGAAGUCAUCAUUUGUCCUAUUUUUGGUCACCUGAUUCUUUCCAAUAUGCACAUCAUCAUAAACAAAGAGAAUAUACAGUAUUAUUACACUGUAAAAACAUGAGACUUGGAUGUACUUUUACAGUUAUCUUAGAAUAAUGUGAAUACAAGAACAAAUACCUGAUUUCUGGAUGACAUGGCGCAGUCUGUUUAUUGAGCUAUCAGAAGUAAAACUGCUCACUUUACAUCAGUGCAAAGGCAUCUCGCAUCACUUUCCUCAAUCUGAAAUCCCAGCAGCCCCUUACACAUCUCAUAUAAGAUGCUACUGGGGUUACAAUAUCACUGUCCACUGCUGAUCUUAUUUGACUUCCAAGUGCUAAUUUCAUUAAUCAAGAGGUGGCUGUCUGAAGUGUGUGUUUGGGAUUAAUUAAGUAGGGUUAAGAGAGUUUAAAUGAUCAGAUAAAGCUUCGUGCCAAUUUGAGCUCCGUUUGAAGACAGAGGAACUUUCUCUUCUACUCCUUUCUUCUUUAAUUAAGAGUUCUCGGGCCGUGCCCUUGACUGGAAUGGAGGAUAAAUGACUGAAUUAAUUGUAGAAUGGGGAAUGAGCUGAGAGGUUAGUAGAGCGAGAAGAAAACUCCGGGAAAUAGGUAAAUUCAGUCAAAUAGGAUCGGAAAACUGGAGCACGAAUAGAUUUGUAUUCACUGAGAAACACUAAAAGCUAUUCUCACAAGAGCUUAAUAAUACCCGCAUAAGCACUAUUUUAGAUCUGGUAUUAGCAUUCCUAAGAGGCCCACGCGAUGGCUUGUGCAAGCCGCAGGAUGCAGAAAGAAUUAAUCUAAUUAAUGCUCUAAAAUAAUUAUUUUGAAUUCACUUAAAGGGAUAGUUUACCCAAAAACGAAACAUCUCCUUUUGUGUUCCACAGAAGAAAGAAAGUCAUAUGGGGUUGGAACAACAUGAGGGUGAUUAAAUGAUGACAACAUUUUCAUUUUUGGGUGAACUAUCCCUUUAAAGCACAGAUGUUAAAAUAUGCAAGAACUACAUUUUCAACUACUUGUUGAAAUUACCCCCUAAUGCUUAUUGGCUGUGCCGUUGAUUGGCAGCUGUGUUUGCGAGUGUGUUUCAUUAGCAGUGACUCCAGUAGUUUAUGAGGCCACACUGGCAGAAUUGAGUAAGAGUGAUGGAGCCUGAGCGCUCUGUCUGGCUCUCCCCACCUCCCCGAGGCCAUGACAGAUUAGCUUCACUUACAUAAAGGCAUGUAGAUCAUCAGCAAUCUGGACCUGUGGCCUGCGCCACCAAGCCAGAUAACGCUGAGGGAUUAAUUUAGCCUGCAGAAUGAUUCUCCCCUCCACAGACAACACUCUAUUUCUUUCUUUUUCUUUUUCUUCUAGCUCUUGCCUCUUUUACUGGCAUCACUUUCUGUUCUUAAGACUUUGUAUCAUGGUUCCUGCCGAGAAGGUGAUAUUUUACAUCCAAGCUCAUAUAGCUAGCAUGUAUUCCACUACAGAUUACAGAAUACAUGCUGUAAAAUGUAAUUUGUAAUGUGUUUCGUUAGAUUACUCAAGGUCAGUAAUGUAUUCUAAAUACUUUGGAUUACUUCUUCAGCACUGGUAGAUUUUUUCACUUGUUUUGACUAUAAAAACUCUGCCAGUACAGAAAGACAAAAUACACAUGUUAAAAAUACAUUCUCUGAAAAACCUAAAUAUCUUAUGCAGUGUUGUUUCUAAAACAAGAUAAAUCAAACUGAUCUUGUUUUAAGGAUUUUUAGAUAUUUUUACAGGAAAACAAUAUAAAAAUUAUUAUCAAGAAUAUGAUUUUUGCCCUAAUAUCAAAGGUCUUACUAGAAAAAAAGAAAUUAUGAUCCAAUGUGAAUUUUCUUGAUAAAAAAUAUGAUUGUGUCUGGUAACGUGCAUGUAAAAUGGCUAGAAAUAGCAUUUUAGAUUAGUGUAAAGCUGACAAUUUACACAAGGUUUAUUUCUAUUUCUUCUGCUCCAAACUUACUUCAAACUUACUUCUCUGUCUGCUCGUAUGAAUGUAACACAUCAGAAGAAAGUGUUUCACCGCUGUUCAAACGCACUUUGGAUCACAUCAUUUAUAUGUAUAAAUGUUUUCCAUCUGAAAGACUAAAUAUUAAAUGAAACAAAUAAAAUGCAAAGUAAUCUCUUCAGUAAUCAAAAUACUUUUUGAAUGUAACUGUAUUCUAAUUACCAAUGAUUUAAAUUGUAAUUGUAGUGGAAUACAGUUACUUAUAUUUUGUAUUUUAAAUACGUAAUCCCGUUACAUGUAUUCCGUUACUCCCCAACCCUGCUAGCAGAUGCAGUGUAAUAUAAAUAUGCUUUAUUAUUAAGAGUCCUCUAUAACUGUCUUACAAAAUACAGCACUUUAAUUGAGCAUUCGAAACGGAAAUGAACUAAUUUAACAAAGUAAUGAAUAGGAAAGAAAUCCUUAUGAAAAUGUGUUGGCCAUUAAAGUUUUUUUUAUUUAUUUUUUAAAUAAUUGUCAUACAUGUUUUAUGAAAAAAUAAAAUAAAUUUAAGGAGCUGUAAUUUGUUGUCAUGUUACAAUGGGCUCAAAUGUCAGUCUGAAUGUAGAGUCAGAAUGAUCUGUUUUUAGGGCUGCAACAACUAAUCGAUAAAAUCGAUAAUUAUCGAAAAUGGACAUCGACAACGAAUUGCAUUAUUGAUUAGUUGGAUAUAUUCAGCACGGAGAAGCCCCAUCAGUGACGUCACUACAGCUCAGUGAAAAAUGUGUUGCAUGAUGUAACUCAUUUGAAAAACAACAGAGACAAGCUGAAGCGGAAAAAAACCGCGACCCAAGUUGUCCAGCGCACAAGAUCACUUAAUAAACACCUCAAAGAAGAUCAUAAUAAGCAAACAGUCGGUUGCUGCUUCAGGUGAAUUGUUUAUCUCCAGCACAUGACUUACAUUUUACCGCUAUUUUCUGUGUUUUACACAUGUAUACAUGUUUUGAAUUCAAAAUCACGCACGUAUGUUUGCGUAUUUCGCAAAACUGUUUGUUUUUACCCCAUGCGAUUCUUAAACUUCACUGAGCUAGCGAGCGCGCGCAUCGCGUCAAUCAAACCGAUCGCGAGGAAGGGAGCAGUGGAGCGCAAUCAACUUGAUUUAAGUCGUGCAACUUCAUAUCGCGAUUUCAGUUUUAAUGUAAUCAUUUGUGCAGCUCAUGGAUAUAACACUGAUGUCUCAAAAGUGAAGGUGUGGAGGUGUUUUAAAGUGUUUUAGAUGUUUUCUCCUCAUGCGAGCGCAUGUAAUACAAUGAGCACCGGGAUGAGACUCAGCGCGAGAGUGAAUCUGCACUGUGUUUGCCGAUGAUUAUACUGUAUUAAACUCUAUAUAUAAUGCUGAAUAUAAUGUAUAAUAUGCUAAGGGUCCUGAUAUUUGAUAGUACUCCUGAUAAUGCCAAAUGUAAUGUCUGAUUUCUCCAGUAAAUUUAUACCAUGCAAAUGUUACUGGAUAAACAUGCACAUAUUUUUUUUAAAAGAAUAGUUCAGAAACAUGUAAUCAGUGACAAUACUAUUUUAAAACGUACAGUAUUAAUUUAAAAUACUUAAAAAUGUAUGUAAUCAGUGACUGUGUUCAAGCAUAUGUAUCUAACAUAAUUAUGUAUUUUCAGCUGUGCAGAAUUAUUAAUAUUUCUCUUCUGGUGUCACCGUUGCUGGGCUGACUUUUUCAUCCCAUUCCAUUCCCAAUGGGUCAUCAUAUGAACAAUGAACUGUACUUUUUGUUAAGUUUUAGAAGUAAAGGAAAGGAACUGUUUAGCAUAUGUCCUGAAAGUAAAAUAAUAACAAUAAUAAAUUCAAACUUAACUUUUCAUGAUUCAGACUUUGUUCAAAGUUUUGUGAGUAUAGAAUUGUGAAUUCAGUACUGUAAAAUGAACCAAAUCCAUACAGCCUUUAUCAUUUCUGUUUUAAAAUAAUAAUAAUCAUGUUUUAAUGAAAUAAAGGAAAUUAAUUUAGAUUUUUAUACGAUUAAUCGAAGAAAUAAUCGAAGAUUAAUCGAUUACCAAAAUAAUCGUUAGUUGCAGCCCUAUCUGUUUUAUAACACGUUUGAAAGAACACAUAUUUACUUUUGAAAAAAUCAUCAAAACCUGUUGUUUUGACUCUAAAUUCUGAUUCCCGUUGUAAAAUAACUAUAAAUGCACAUAUGUGACUGCACAAUCUAUAUUAAUGCGGCAAGUUGAUAUGUUGCUUGGCAACUGCAAACAGCCUACUGUUAAGAUGGUGACACUUUACAAUAAGGUUCCAUUUGUAAACAUUAGUUAGCAAUAUUAGUUAACCUGAACUAACAAUGAACAAUACUUUUACUGCAUUUAUUAAUCUUGGUUAAUGUUAAUUACAACAUAUAGUAAUACAUUUUUUAAUUCAAAUGUUGUAUAUGUUAACAUUAGUUAAUGCACUAUGAAUGAACAUGAACUAACAAUGAACAAUUGUAUUUUUAUUAACUAACAUUAACAAAGAUUAAUACAUGCUUUAAAAUAUAUAUAUUGUUCAUUGUUUGUUCAUAAUACCUAAUGCAUUAACUAAUUUGAACAAAUGGAACCUUACUGUAAAGUGUUACCUUUAAGAUAAUGAACUGUAGUACUUGUUGGAAGAAUUGUUUAAUCUAAGUAAUAGUAAUUGUUGUCUUUUAUAAAAGCAAAAAGCCACUUAUACCCUACAGUGAUUUUUAACACAUUAAAGGUGUGAAUCGUGCCCAAGAACACCCCUUACCUAUGGUAAAUUCACUGAAACGCAUUGACUGUUAUAGAUUUAUUGUUACACUGCAAGACCAUUCAAGUGAACUACAAUUAAAAAAAAAAAAAAAAACGGAUAAAAAAAUGAUGAAAAUCUUGAAAUGAAAAUAGUGACCAGUCAUAACACCUAAAAUAUACAGUUUCCCAAUCCCUUAUACAUUCAUAUCAUGUUUUUAACUAAAAUCAUCUUUUAGUUUGAGAACUACUAUUGGGACCAUUAUCAUCUUUUCUUUCUUUACAGACUGUAUGAAUCUAAUCUUUAUGAACAUAUCCAUUUGUUAUCACUGUCUAAUUUGAUUAUGGGGUCAUGUAGUGAAUGAAAUGUAAAUUAACCUAGGAAACAGCUGAAAUGCCAAAGGGAAUGACUGAAUUACAUGUAAAUUAUUCAUUAGAAUAUGUAGGUCUACUGUUCAAGGCUCUGUUUUGCAUUUGACAUUUUUCAUUGUAUAUGACACACAGUCUAACACAGUUCCUAAGAUCCCACAUGGAAAUCUUUUAAUGAUAAAUUUCCCAGCAUCACUGGUCCAGAUUAUAGAAUUUUUUUUAGUUGCAUUAUGGCAGUCAUCAUGGACUUCCAGUAUACUGACCCUUAGUGGUAUAGAUGCCUCUUCAUGCAAAAGCAAUGGGUUUCUCUUAAUGAUGCCAUUGUAGAAAUGUGCUAUUUAAAGUCAGUAUUGAUUAAUUUAUUCUGUUAACAAAAGUGUUCAAUAAUAAGCAGAUUACUGUGAUAAACCAUGUAUUAUUGGGGUCAUGUGAUCCCGGCACUGCUGUGGUGAACUAAAACUGCUUUUAUUAGGCUAUGACUUGAAUGUUCAUCUCAUAUGAACAUAUUUUUAAACUUAUUUUUCAAAAGUAUAAUUUAAAUUAUUAGGGUAAAUCUUUUUGACAAGAAAAAUAAAAUAAAAUACUGAGUGCACCUUUAAGAGCUAAAGGAGGAGGAGUCAAUAUGGACUCAAUAUGUAUUUCAAUCCUGUUUGUUUGGCAUAGAUUAGGUGGCUAGUGCACAUGCUCUUGCACAUUCUGACAGUUCUUGAAACAAUCCGACUGACUCUGUCAGGUGGCCGGAGUGCCACUCACUCGCUUGUGACAAAUCUCUUUUUUCAGAUUGAUUGCUUUGCUGCUGUUUUAUUUAUAAAUGUUUUUUUUUUUCUUUGUUCGUCGAAGCAGUUGUGAAAAAUGGUGGGCUCGGGGUGGUGUUUUCAGGCUAAAAAAUAAUAAUUUUUAAUGACACAUGAGACCUGUCAACAACAUUUAUUAUAGGCCAGCAUUUUGUCUUUUGUGUGUGCUUUUCAUAUACCUAGCAGCAGUACUA